UAUGAUAUAUAAGGAAGAAGAGUCAACGCAAACCAACGAUGAUGUGAUUGUAUUGUCUCAGGAAGAGAGUGAAGAGACGUCUUUCUUUAGUACAAAUGACACGCUAAUGAUUGAAAUGGACAUGAGGUUGACCAAACAACAGUGGGAACGUAUGGAAGAAAGUGGAAAGGUAAAGAAGAGAAAAGCGCUGAGAGAUGUUGCAAAAUAUUGGACAAACGGAGUUGUACCAUACGAAUUACAACCAGGAACUUUUACUUCGAGCGAUGCGGCGCAAAUUAGAGCAGCGAUUGCCGACUACCAUAGUCUAACUUGUAUAAAAUUUCGAAGAGCUAACGGCAACGAUAGACGAAAAAUAAGAAUAACAAGUGGACAAGGUUGCUGGUCUAAUAUAGGGAUGUUGAGUCGUGGUCAACAAAUUUCUCUAGCGCGAGGAUGUAGAAGGAAAUCUACUAUUCUACACGAAUUCGGUCAUGCUCUUGGUAUGUUUCAUGAACAAUCAAGACCCGAUAGAGAUUCAUAUAUUACAAUUAGAUUUGGUAAUGUUCUCAAAUCAAUGGCGUACAACUUUAACAAGCACGGUAACGAUAGAAUCAACACCUACAACGUUCCUUACGAUUAUCACUCUGUCAUGCAUUACGGCCAAACCGCCUUUUCUAUGAAUGGAAAGCCUACUAUCAUAACUAAAGAUAAAUCCAAACAAUAUCUGAUUGGAACUGCAAAGGGUCUAAGUUUUAGAGACAUUAAAGUUUUAAAUCUUAUGUAUAAAUGUGGAGCUAAAUGUAACUUGAAAGCAAAAGAUUGUCCAGGUGAAGGCUUUGUUGGUAAAAACUGCAAAUGCCUUUGUCCAGGUUCUCCAAUAAAAAUUUGUGGUGACACGUCCGUAAAGCCUGAUAAAAAAUGUAAUGACAUGCACGGAAGUUGUUCUUAUUGGGCAGCCAAAGGACAAUGUAAUAAAUAUCCCGGUUUUAUGCUUAAAAAUUGUAGGAGAUCAUGUAAAGCGUGCGAUUCAGAUGCAAGCCCUAUUCCAAUUCCAAAAUGUGUCGAUAUGAAUAAGUAUUGUCCUCAUUGGGCUAGAAAAAAAUAUUGUUUUCAUUAUCGUUACAAGAAAUACAUGAAGGCAAACUGCAAAAAAUCCUGUAGAAUGUGCGUAAGAGGUAAGUUUGAUAAAUAG